UAAGUGAUUGCUAGCUCACAGCCACACUUCUCACCAUGAGCAGACAAGCCUGCAAGAAGUCCUUCAGCUGCGGGAGCCAGGGCUUCUCUGGCCACUCGGCUGUGGUAUCCGGCGGCAGCAGCCGGAGGAGCUGCGUGGCACGCACUGGGGCAGCCCGCGGAGGGGCUUGUGGUUUCCGGAGCGGAGCAGGAAGCUUUGGCAGUCAGAGCCUCUACAGCCUGGGUGGCAGCAGGAGCAUCUCUAUGAGUGUGGCGGCUGGUGGCUCCCAGACUGGUGGCUUCAGUGGAGGGCUUGGCAGCUGUGGCGGUGGCUACGGAGGUGGCUUCGGUGGUAGCAGAGGGAUGGGAGGUGGCUUUGGAGGAGCUUCUGGAUUUGGGGGAGCUAGUGGCUUUGGUAGGCCCGGUGGCUUUGGUCCCGGUGGCUGCCCUGGGGGAAUCCAGGAAGUGACCAUCAACCAGAGCCUCCUGCAGCCCCUCAAUGUGGAGAUUGACCCGCAGAUUGGGCAAGUGAAGGCCCAGGAGCGUGAACAGAUCAAGACACUCAACAACAAGUUUGCCUCCUUCAUCGACAAGGUGCGCUUCCUGGAGCAGCAGAACAAGGUCCUGGAGACCAAGUGGGCCCUGCUCCAGCAGCAGACCAAAGGCUCUGGCUCAGGCCCCCAGAGUUUGGAACCUUUCUUUGAAUCCUACAUCAGCUGCUUGCGCAAGACGUUGGAUUCACUGAUGGGGGAGAAGGGAAGCCUGGAGGGAGAGCUGAAGGGCAUGCAAGACCUGGUGGAAGACUUCAAAAGGAAGUAUGAAGAGGAAAUCAACAGGCGCACCACUGCGGAGAAUGAGUUUGUAGGGGUGAAGAAGGAUGUAGAUGUUGCUUUUAUGAACAAGGUGGAGCUGCAGGCUAAAGUGGACAGCCUGACAGAUGAAAUCAACUUUCUGAGGACUCUCUACGACAUGGAGCUGUCCCAAAUGCAGAGCCACGUCAGUGACACAUCUGUGGUCCUGUCCAUGGACAACAACCGCUGCCUGGACCUGGACAGCAUCAUCUCUGAGGUCAAGGCACAGUAUGAGGACAUUGCCCAGAGGAGUAAGGCUGAGGCUGAGGCCCUGUACCAGACCAAGCUUGGGGAAUUGCAGACCACAGCUGGAAAGCAUGGGGAUGACCUGAGGAGCACCAAGAGCGAGAUCAUGGAUCUCAACAGGAUGAUCCAGAGACUUCGAGCGGAAAUGGAGAACAUCAAGAAGCAGAACACCAACCUGCAGACGUCCAUUGCAGAAGCCGAACAGCGUGGCGACAGGGCCCUCAAGGAUGCUGAUGCCAAACUCCAAGACUUGCAGGCUGCCAUGCAGAAGGCCAAGGAUGAUCUGGCCCGGAUGCUGCGUGACUACCAGGAGCUGAUGAAUAUCAAGCUGGCCCUGGACGUGGAGAUCGCCACCUACCGCAAGCUGCUGGAGGGCGAGGAGUGCAGGAUGUCUGGAGAAUGUCAGAGUGAUGUGUGCAUUUCGGUGGUCAGCAAUGUCACCAGCACAAGCAGCAGCUCGGGAGGCUUCAGAGGGGCCGGUGGCAGCAGCAGUGGCUCCAGAGGUGGCAGCAGCAGCUCUGGAGGCUUCAGAGGGGCCGGUGGCAGCAACUAUGGAGGGGACAGCAGUGGCAGGAGCAGCAGCAGCAGGGACAGCACUGGCAGCAGGCUUGGCCGUGAAGGCAGCGUCUCUGUAAGCCAGCGGGGAAUGGGCUUUAACUCUGGUGGCACCCAGGCCUCCGUAGGCGGCAGCUACAAGUCCAGCAGAGGAAGCAGCAGCAGCGUCCACUUCUCUCAGACCACCAGUUCCAGCCAGCAGCGCUCCAAGUGAUCUUCAGGAGCAACACCCCCGCUCCCCACCCCCGUCCCCUGUCCCCUGCCUCAGCCUGCAACUGUGUCCCUUUCCUGAGCCUUCUAGUCUAGCCUAGCCCAUUCUGGCCAUCUACCUCUCAUAGGAGGAAGGUCGAGGUUUCCAAACUGCUGGUUCUCACGAAGCUGUCUUCAUGCUUGGCACAUCUGUUUCCCUAAUCUCCUGAGCUUCGGAUCUUUCGCUGAUGACAUGCUGCGCUUGCUUUUCUCAAUAAAUUGCACUGUGCUUCACCAA